GCCAGGGGGGGGCGUUUAUACACAUGCGCACUACUAGAAAUGAAAUAAUGACGCAUUCGAAACAUCUUUGGGAAAUUAAGAUUGACCAAUACAUCAUUUAGAUUAAUGGUAAAUGAGCGCAUGUUACAUUCUAUGUCGGGACAUGAUCGAUUUAUUUAAAAGUCUGAAAGCGGCAAACAUGACAAACACCCGUUUGGUUUGGUAGGUUGUUUUAAAAUACCUGCCUCCUGCUGCGGGAUGUGGGAUUUUACGGAGAGCACUUAAAGGCAACGCGAGCAGGAACAGGAAACGACAGCGCUGUUGUGGAGAGGCGCCUCGCUCCGAGCAGACGAUCUUCUCCUCCCUCAGCCUGCGGUCCUGAGCCUGGCCCCUGGUCUCCACCAUGGACAACCUGGAGGAGGACCUGACCUGCUCCGUGUGCUACUCGCUGUUCUCUGACCCGCGAGUGCUGCCGUGCUCUCACACCUUCUGUAAGACCUGCCUGGACAACUUGCUCCAGGCGUCCACAAACUAUUCCAUCUGGCGUCCGCUCCGCCUGCCGCUGAAAUGCCCCAACUGUCGCAGCGUGAUGGAGCUGCCCCCAACGGGUGUAGACGCUCUGCCCACCAACGUAUGUCUGCGGGCCAUCAUUGAGAAAUACCAGAGCGACAGUGAGCCGCGACCUCCCUCCUGUCAGGAGCACAACAGGCACCCUCUGAACAUGUACUGCAUCCAGGACCGCCAGCUGAUCUGUGGGCUGUGCCUGACUGUCGGGCAGCACCAGGGCCAUCCCAUCGACGACCUGCAGGCGGCGUUCAUCAGAGAAAAACAGACACCGUCUCUACUGCUGGCCAGACUAUCUGACCAGAGAUGGGCACAGGCGUGUGAACUAGGGGAGCAGCUGGAGCAGGAGAAGGCCCGCUGUGAGGGUCUGGUGAGGCAGGACCGACAGGAAGUGGAUCAGUACUUUCAGUGGCUGAAGGUGGUGCUGACCAGGAAAAGGCAGGCUUACAUUGAGGCGCUGGAGAAAGCCGGGGCAGAGGUUUCCCGGACCUACGACCCACUCAUCCACCGGGUGAAGGAGAUACAGGAGAAACAGCUGGACCUGGUGUCCUUGGGCUCGUCAGUCGAGGACGAGGACUCGCCGCUGGUCUUCCUGGAGAAGCUGCAUGUGUUCAGAGAGAAGGUGGAGGAGUUCGUUAAAACCCCUCUGCCCUCGGUGAUCACCCUCGCCAUUGCCCCGCGGGCAGCGGAGUACCUCCAGCAGCGCUGGCCUGCCGUGACCAUUGGGAGCCUGGAGGAGGCACCUGUCCCGAAGGUGAGCUGCUGUGCUAGAUGUGGCAGUGUGGAGGCCGAGGCUGGGAGGGAUCCGCCCGACGGCCGUGUGCAGGACCUGCGGUGUAAGCUGCGGCCCACUUCCUCUGUGGUGCUACUGCUGCUGCUGCUGCUGGUGGCGGCGCUGUGCGUGAACCCGGUUGGAGGAGCUUCGCUCGGCUUCUCUCUGCUGUCUCGAUUCAGUCAGCUGGUCCACGGCCUGAGCGGUGAACUUGUCACAUCCGUCUGGGACACGGUGGGUUCGGCGUACACAGUGAUGGAGGCAGCUGUAGAGAAAUGGAGCACGCAGCUCUCCUCCAUUUGGGAAAAUGUUUUUCAUUAGCUUGGCCGCCUCAAUUAAAGCUCUUGUCCCACUGAAAGACACCAAACUGAAAACCCCAAACCAUUCGCUUUUAUUUAGAAGCCGAAUAAGUCACAAUUCCUCUUUUCCUGUAGUUAAGGGGGAAAGAUACCUGAAGUGUCUCUGAAACAGCUGCUAUUGUGAUAAUUGACAGUACAAGCGUGGAUGUCUGACUUUUGCUUUGAGCUUCCCAGUGAAACAUCAAGACGCCCAUUUUCCAUGAAGACCAACGCUGACCCUCGCUGUGCUGACAGUAGUGUAAAUGGACCACAAUGCAUUGCAGGUAAUUUCCCUUUGUUUUGCUAAUGCUUCUUGUGUCUUGGAAAUUUCAGGCAAUAGGCGAACAAAUAAUUAGACCGUUUGAAGGCCGAAGGUUUAUGGAAAAAACAAAUAUAACUGAAUACAACCAGAUCUAGGGGAAACAUUUUUAGAAAUGUGUUCACAUCACGUAUACAUUAGAUUUUAAUGUUUAUCUGAGGAUGGAUUUUAUACUUAAGGUCUGAUGAGUAUUGGGAUGAAACGUGCUCUUAUCCAUGUUUGAGAGCGAAACACUGAAAAUGUAAGAAAUAAUGUUGCCACUCUUUUAAAAAAUAGUAUUUAGUCCUUAGUUUUUAUGUACCUGAUUGUGUCUUUAACAUGUGUUUUUGGUGACCGUGAUACUACCUCACUGAUACGUAUGUAGCAUAUCAAACACUAAUCCUAACAUUCAACAUGGAUUUAGAAGUGGACAGGAUUGUGGCCUUAAUAUUCAAUUGGUGCCUAGAGUCGCCUUUAUCAUAAUGCAGUGGGACAUCUCGGUAGCUUUCCCGUUGCAUCACAGAACUUGCAACAUCAGUGCAGCUGCUUGUCUCCCAACACAAGUCUGUGUCCAGUGACUGGAGCAGUGUGUGAAACAUAGUGGAUCAGAUCAUGUUGCAGUGAUGCAGAGCGGCUCCCACACGGUGCCUUCAACCACCAGGCUGGACAGUGUUAAUGUAGUGGACUGGUUAUUCCAUCAGGACCAAUACACUCAGGAUAAUGCCUUGUGUUCAUUAACUAAAAUCGUGCAAUGGUAACUUUGGCCUUGGGGAAUGUUUUACCAGCACUGUUCUGCUUCCCACAAACCUCAGAGCACCAAAGGUUGUUACCCAGACCCGUUGUCGUAAAUGUAUGUCUCUUCUCCUGUAUUUUACAAUGUAACAAUAAAUGUGUUCGAUUACUUUUA